UGAAGUGUGAUUUCGUUUGGCCUCAGUUUUCGUAGUUAUAAAACACAGUUAAUGAUCCCUCUCCGUCCUUCCUUUUCCUGACGGGUUGGUAGAGGUGGAAGUGUUAGGGGAGAGGAGAGGCUGGGAUGUUGUUCCUCCACUUAGGGUCUUUUUUAACUUGUUCUUUCCUCUUUCCUGGCAGCUCCCUCCUAUGCGCCCUUACCCUUCUCCCUGUGUGAGCUCACCUUCCUGCUUUCUUGGUGUCAGCGUGCCCUCUCUGAGUUGGUCUGAAAUUUCUCCUCUUCCCCUCUCCAGGAUCGCCGCUUGAUUUUCUCUGAGGCAAGCCCACCCGUCCAGCAAAAUAGAGUCCCUCAGGGUGACGGUUGACUUCCUGAAGGUGCCUCUUGGCCUGAAGAAGCCGGUGCUGAAGGAGGUGGCUGUGGGGCCCCCCAAGAGGCCCCAACCUGCGGCCCUGGAGCGCUACAAGGCACGGCGUUCAGACGCCAUGGACACCGAGUCCCAGUACUCGGGCUAUUCCUACAAGUCGGGACACUCCCGCAGCUCCCGCAAGCACAGGGACCGCCGGGACCGACACCGCUCAAAGAGCCGAGAUGGGAGCCGUGGGGACAAGUCAGUGACAAUCCAGGCACCAGGAGAGCCCCUGCUGGAUAAUGAGUCCACACGGGGAGAUGAGCGGGACGACAACUGGGGGGAAACAACCACGGUAGUCACGGGCACCUCAGAGCACAGCAUCUCACACGAUGACCUCACGCGCAUUGCCAAGGACAUGGAGGACAGUGUCCCACUGGACUGCUCCCGUCACCUGGGCGUGGCUGCAGGGGCCACUCUGGCGCUGCUCUCUUUCCUCACGCCGCUGGCUUUCCUGCUGCUGCCCCCACUGCUGUGGCGGGAUGAGCUGGAGCCCUGUGGGACGGCCUGCGAGGGCCUCUUCAUUUCUGUGGCGUUCAAGCUGCUCAUCCUGCUGCUGGGCAGCUGGGCUCUGUUCUUCCGCCGGCCCAAGGCUUCUCUGCCCCGAGUCUUCGUGCUGCGCGCCCUGCUCAUGGUGCUCGUCUUCCUCCUCGUCGUCUCUUACUGGCUCUUCUACGGUGUGCGCAUCCUGGAUGCCCGUGAGCGCAGCUACCAGGGUGUCGUGCAGUUCGCCGUGUCGCUGGUGGAUGCCCUGCUCUUUGUGCAUUACCUCGCCGUGGUCCUGCUGGAACUGCGCCAGCUCCAGCCGCAGUUCACGCUCAAGGUUGUGCGCUCCACGGACGGGGCCAGCCGCUUCUACAACGUCGGCCAUCUCAGCAUCCAGCGCGUGGCAGUGUGGAUCCUGGAGAAGUAUUACCAUGACUUCCCUGUCUACAACCCUGCCCUCCUCAACCUGCCCAAGUCCGUGCUGGCCAAGAAAGUGUCUGGCUUCAAGGUGUACUCUCUCGGAGAGGAAAACAGCACCAACAACUCCACGGGCCAGUCUCGGGCUGUGAUUGCAGCGGCGGCCCGGCGGCGGGACAACAGCCACAAUGAGUAUUACUAUGAGGAAGCUGAGCAUGAGCGCAGGGUGCGCAAGCGCAGGGCCAGGCUCGUGGUGGCUGUGGAGGAGGCCUUCACUCACAUUAAGCGGCUGCAAGAAGAGGAGCAGAAGAACCCUAGGGAGGUGAUGGACCCCCGGGAGGCAGCCCAGGCCAUCUUUGCAUCCAUGGCCCGUGCCAUGCAGAAGUACCUGCGGACCACCAAGCAGCAGCCUUACCACACCAUGGAGAGCAUCUUGCAGCACCUUGAAUUCUGCAUCACACAUGACAUGACGCCCAAGGCCUUUCUGGAGCGGUACCUGGCAGCUGGACCCACCAUCCAGUACCACAAGGAACGCUGGCUGGCUAAACAGUGGACACUGGUGAGCGAGGAGCCGGUGACCAAUGGGCUUAAGGAUGGCAUCGUUUUCCUCCUAAAACGCCAGGACUUCAGCCUGGUGGUUAGCACCAAGAAGGUGCCAUUCUUCAAACUCUCCGAGGAAUUUGUGGAUCCCAAGUCACACAAGUUUGUCAUGAGGCUGCAGUCGGAGACCUCGGUGUGACCGUGCAACAGCAGGGGAGUGGGAGACUCUGGGCUCACGUGAGGUGGGAGGGGCCUGGUUCUCAGGCCCAGCCAAGCUCCCAGUGCCCUUCUUCCUCUUGCUCUUAUUUUUUACUUGAAUUAACCUCCUCCUCACCCUGUCUCCUCCCUCUUCCUCAUUUUACCCCAUGUGAACCUGGAGAGACCUUUCUGCUGGGGACCCCCCCAUUUUUGUAUCACCUGGGCCCUGCAAGAAUCAGUGCCUCUCUCUCUCUGCUCUUCCCUGCAGUUUCCCCAGACGACAGCCCUUUCUGAAAGGGCCUGGGGCCCUCUUGACUAUACUUGUCCCUCCUGAGCGCCACCCACAACCCAGGUUCUGGUAGCAUUCUCUCCAGUGGUCCCUAACAGGGUUUCUUUGGGAGCAGUGAUGAGACCCCAGAGAACCCUGAUGCCAAAUUCUGCCAAGGAAGCCGCUACCCUGUCCCACCCGUAACAGACUCUAAGUUCUGGGCAGAGAUGCUCCUGCCACGUAGCCCCCGGAGUUAGGAAUCUCCUUGCGGCACUAUUGCUUCCAGCUUCUCUCCCCCAGCCACACUUGUUAGAGCAAGGAAAGAUCCCAUCCUUUACCUAGAAGUUUCCGUGUGCCGUUCCUGAUUUUAUGGUCACACAAGAUCCCAGCAAAUGGAGGUGGGAAGCCUCUGACCACUUCACCAGGGCCCUGGGGAAGGUCCAGAGGGUCUUUCCUGGACAGCUCCUGAAGGGAAGGGGACACAUCCCUGAGUUGGGAGAGACCCUUGUCGUUGACCUCUGCCCUCAGAACUUGCCCUGGCCUUGCCUUUGUUCCCAGUCUUCCCAGUGAGGGAUGGGAUGUAGACUCCUGUGUAGACUUAGUGGUGCGCAGACCCUGACAGCCGAUUUUCCUUCCUGCACCAGCCACCCCAGGCUUGCUGACUCCUCUCGGCUCCAGAGACCUGUUGCCUCAUCUCUGUGGAGGAGGAGACAGCUCCUCCUGUCCCCGGCCUUAAGUCCAGUUCUUUGCCUCAGGGGUCUCUUUUCCUUGGCCUUCCAGGGUCUCCUCCUCUUCUCUUUCUUCCUAGUUCUCUGGGUUCUAUCCUGGGGUCAGGCACCAAGAUUAUUGCCUUCUGUGGGCACUCAGGCCCUCACCCCAUUUUACUUCGGUGGCUUUUGCACCAAGUCCAAAUUCUUAAUAGUCUAGAUCUCAUUCUGAGCAAAAUUCACCAGCCUUCUAAUAUUUCUUUUCAGAGUAAAUUUGAGCCUUUUAAAUGAGACAUCUUUAAAUUAUGUAGUUUUUUUGCCAAGGGCAACACAAAUAGGAAACAGCUGUGUGCACCCUUCCCAGGUCCACACGGAGGAUUGUCCAGGUACUAGGGUGGAGCCUGUGCCUGAAUCAGGUCUCCAGAUGGCUCCCAGUGGCCCUGGAUGAGUCCUUCUUUUCCUUAAAAAAUGUACUGGUACUUGUCUUGCAAAGCACGCUCUGGGAUAAGCUGCCCUUUGAUCUCAGCCCUGGGAAGCUGCUUCCUCCCUGAAGGGUUGAUGGAGCCUACUGAUUAUGGUUUUUCUACUGCCCUUUCUGAAAGGGCACCUCUGACCCUCCACUGCUCACUAGAGAUGGGUGAGGGGUUCCUCAGCCUGAGCUCACCUUGUUCCCACAGGAUGGAUUGCAGGGCUAAUUGAGGCAGAACUGGGAUGGAAUUAGCCUUGGGCUAGGGCUGGUGGGGGGGUCCUUGGAUAGGCGGGGUGAAAUGCAUCCUGCCCUGGGGGUCCUGGGAAAGUCCAGUGGGGGUCCUGGUCUUUUCUCUAAGACUCUGGUUUCAGAGGAGUCCCUUCUGGGUCCAUGUGUACCUCACUAUCCUGGAGAACAGGGCCUGGGUGGUGAUUGGGGUCUUCGCCUUGGUGGGCAAGAAUGGGGCAUUUGGUUUGAGGAAUGGGUCGGGGUGGGCAGAAGGAAAGGAUUUGGGGGUCUUAGUUGUUGCCCUAGAUUUAGGGGCAGGGGAGUGUUUAUUUUAAGAACCUGCCAUGUUUUUAAUCACUGUGAUUUUUUCAUUCCUUUUUCCUAAAACAAAAGAAAUGUUUCCCCCAAAUCUCUCCUAAGCACUAAGGGCUGUGACUGAGAAUGGUAGCGUUUUGAUCCUUUGCGUCAGAACUGUGGUAUCUUUGUCUUCUCUGGUUAUUAUUAUUAUUAUUAUUUUUUAAAACGUCAGGAUGAAUUGUCCAGUGUAUGGCUGUGCGUGCGUGCGUGUGUGUGUGUGUGUGUGUGUGUGUGUGUGUGUGCGAAGUUGUCUUCGUGCUGUGAACUGCUGGGGACGGGCAGCUGACUCAGGCCCUCUGAGCUGUUUGCCCACCAGGCCUGUCCCACCACUCUGGGUUUCCUCCUGCUCUGGCUGCAAGGGUGUGCCCACCACUGGCAGCCCCCACCGCAGGGGAUGCCGUGCUGCCCCCCAAGCUCUCUUGUUUCUAUGACUACACGGCACCUAGCUCAUCCCCAGGCCUUGGAAUGCUUGCCCCUUCCCUCCACACCACCACAUGGUGCCUCAGUCCUUCACCUACCUCGCCACUCUGCCCCUGUUCCCAUUGCUCCCUGUCUGUCUCCUGAGCCACCUUUUGUGCUCCCUGUUUAUUCUGGUUUAUAUCCCUUUGGUCUCUGACUCCUUCCCAUCCCGCUCUGCUUCAUCCCUUGAGUUUUUGCUUCCUGAGCACACUUUGGUACUCCCUUUGCAAACCCCAAGCACAAUACCCAUGGCGAGUGGAUGCUGGGAUCCCUGAAGCUUUCUCAUUGGAAACAUCCAUUUCCUGGGGUUUGUGCUCCCCUCCAUUCUGGGCCCAGAUGAGCUCCUUUGUCCCUUCAUGGUGUCAGUCUGUCUUCUCUUUCCUCUGCCCUCCUUACAGGCAGUAUCUGCUGAUGAAUUCAGACCUGGUGUGUGAGUGUUGUGAUUUGUUCUGCGUGCAAAAGGGGCUUUUUGAGUCCCUUCCAAGUGAGACUGUAAGUGUAGAAUUUUCCACAGUUGGAUCUAGAGUUUAUUUUGUUUUGUUUUCGCUUUUCUUUUCUUUUGUUUCUCCUCCUUCUCCUUCUCCUUCUUCUCCUUCUCC